ACCAGCUAGCUACCUAACUCACUUUGAGAUAGCUUUCCAAGCACGAACCAACCAACCCCGCGUUCUUUCUUGGUCACCACCACUCGGCAGCAGCCCCUCCAUCAUCAUCAUCAACCCCUCUCUGGGAUAUUUCCACAGAAUAUUGAUAAAAGUCAGAAGAGACUCGGGUUGUUAAAAAUGCCAUUUAACACCUUCGACGGCAAGGGCGUGCAUCCCGGCUGAAUACCACAUGGUGCAGCACGUCAAAAAGGAUUUGUAACCUUUCCCAGCCUCAGACAAUUCAAGAGGAUCAUUGGCGGAAAAAAAUCAUUUACAACCCCCCCUGCCGGAAGCCACGGUGCUGAAAUUCAACCAGCGAUUGGCGAACCAGACGUGGGGGGUGUUCCGGGAAGCCAGGGAAGGGGAGUUUACCCUUUUUGUUGUUUUUGUUUUUUGCACAUGCCAAAAGACGGGAUCUUUUUGAGAUAGAAAAAGAAAAUGUCUCUCAUAAACAUGGCUUUUUCUUAUUUUGAGAGUUGGGGCUGAAGAAGCAAGCAACCUUUCUUUGUUAAGAUCGACGCUAGAGGUGGUGGUUGAUCUUGCUCUCGUUCGCAGGCUACACAAACUUUUGGGAUUUUGUGCAACAAUUGGGGACUGCCCUGCGGGAAAAAAGGGUUUUUAAAAAGCCAGGGAACAAUAUCUUUUUGACUACCCUAGGACGAAACAGACAGACGAACCUGUUGAUCUUGGUUGCGUCAUUGGUGGAGACGGCGCCGUCGUCUGAACUGUCUCUCUCACUCUUGCCUCCUACUUACUACCUUACCCCCUUAUACCUACCGAACUUCACGAACUUUUCCCACUACACCUAUUUUUCCCUCGCGGGGACGAAAUUCCUAAAUAUCCCCUUGUUUCUUUGUUAAAUCGCCCCCCGCCGCGCAUACGGAACGACAAAAAUGUCCCGCUUCACCCGCAGCGCCAAAAGGGCCCUCCCCCCCCUCGCGCUGCUGGCCACCACCUCGGGCGCACUGUAUUACAUGUACCGACCUCGCAACAUCCCUGGCUACGAAGGCCCCGUCGUGCCACCCCCCAUCUUCGGCGCAGACGGCACGUUCAAGCUCCCCCGUUUUCCAAAACUAAAGUCCAGGCUGGAGCAGAUCAACGACCUCAAGCGAUCCAACACGGAAGAAGAGUAUGACAUUCUCGUCAUUGGCGCGGGAGCCACCGGGUCAGGCGUGGCUCUUGAUGCCGCGACCCGAGGGUUAAAAGUGGCUGUUGUUGAAAGGGAUGAUUUUUCCUCGGGGACGAGCUCGAAGAGUACAAAGCUUGUUCAUGGCGGGGUGAGGUAUCUGGAGAAGGCGGUUUGGAAUCUGGACUGGGCGCAGUAUGAGCUUGUCAGGGAGGCGUUGAAGGAGAGGACGUAUUUUUUGCAGACGGCGCCGCAUUUGAGCAUGUGGUUGCCGAUUAUGCUGCCGUUGGACAGGUGGUGGAAGGUGCCUUACUAUUGGGCGGGGACCAAGUUUUAUGAUUUUUUGGCGGGGAGUGAGGGGAUUGAGAGUAGUUAUUUUUUGACGAGGUCGAAGGCUAUUGAUGCUUUUCCGAUGUUGAAGCAGGAGGGGUUGAUUGGGGCGUUGGUUUAUUAUGAUGGGGCGCAUAAUGAUAGUAGGAUGAAUGUGAGUAUCGGGGUUACGGCUGGGUUGUAUGGGGCGACGGUGGUGAACCAUUUGGAGGUGAAGGGGUUGUUGAAGGGGGAGGAUGGGAGGUUGACGGGGGCGGAGGUGGUGGAUAAUAUUGGGGAGAGGGAUGGGAAGCAAGGGGAGAGGUUUAAUAUUAGGGCCAAGUGUGUUAUCAACUGUACGGGGCCGUUUACGGAUGGGAUAAGGAAGAUGGAUGAUCCUGGGUGUAAGGAGAUUGUGGCGCCGGCGUCGGGGGUGCAUAUCAUCUUGCCGGGGUAUUAUUCGCCGGGGAAGAUGGGGUUGAUUGAUCCGUCGACGUCGGACGGGAGGGUUAUUUUCUUCUUGCCGUGGCAGGGGAAUACGAUUGCUGGAACGACGGACGAGCCGGCGCAGAUUACCAAGGAUCCGUUGCCGGAUGAAAAGUCGAUUCAGUGGAUUUUGAACGAGGUUAGUCAUUACCUCUCGCCGGAUAUCAAUGUGAGGAGGGGGGAUGUUUUGGCUGCUUGGUCUGGGCUGAGGCCGUUGGUGAAGGACCCCAAGGCGAAGAACACGGAGUCGCUGGUGAGGAAUCAUCUCAUUGACAUCAGUGAGAGCGGGCUUGUGACUUGCGCCGGCGGAAAGUGGACGACAUAUCGACAGAUGGCCGAGGAGUGUGUGGACGCGGCGAUCAGGGAAUUUGGGCUGAAGCCAAAGCCUAUCACGAACCCCCCGAUGAUCAGCGGGACGGAGCAUGUCACAGAUGAUGCUACACUUGAUGGGACUUGCCAGACUCACCGGGUGAGGCUCGUUGGUGCCCACGGCUGGUCACGAACAUUGUUCAUCCACUUGAUUCAGCACUUUGGCGUCGAAACAGAGGUGGCCAAGCACCUGACGGAAAGCUAUGGUGACAGAGCCUGGACAGUCGCUUCGCUGUGCCGACCGACGGACAAGAGAUUCCCGGCGAGGGGAGAAAGGAUCUCACAGUUGUAUCCUUUUGUGGAUGGCGAGGUGAGGUACGCUGUUCGUCACGAGUUUGCGCAGACGGCGGUGGAUGUGCUGGCGAGGAGGAUGAGGCUGGCCUUCUUGAACGCUCAAGCUUCACUGGAGGCGCUGCCGAAGAUCAUUGACAUCAUGGCUGAUGAACUGGGGUGGAGCAAGAAGAGAAUGGAUCUUGAAUGGAGAGAGACUGUGAAAUUCCUCGAGUCCAUGGGCCUCCCUCAGCCAUUGUUGUCAGCGACACGAAAGCAGGUCGAGCAGGGCAAGAUUGACUUCAAGAGUCUGCUUGAGUGGAGGAUGUAUUCGCGACAUGACAAGCCUGGGCCGGAGGGGGAUAACCAGUGAGAUAGAUGUUGGCCACUAAAACAGGAGGUCUCCUCUUUUGUCCAGAUUGAUGAUUUGCUUGGGGGUUGUGUAUUACUGGACUGGAUAUUGCAUAGCAGGCAUCGUUUCUUGAGGGCAAAGGGGCACAAUGGCGUUGUCUUAUAGAUGGGUUCUUGUCAUGAGAGGGCUGGUUUAUUUAUCACCGUAGGUAUUUGUUCGGCAUUCGGGUAGGAGAGUAUGAAUAUGUCUGGUAGUGGUAAUGUGUGCUUGGACAUAUUGAUGAUUUUGAGGCUGUUGCAGAUGCCAAUGUGUAUUUAGUUGAGAUAUAGGCAAUGAAUAGCAAAAAAGAAUGGUAUGACUGACGCAAGGGGGUUCAAGGGUCAAAAAUGACAAAAGAUGAUAUAUCCAUGACCCCGACCCGAUUUGAA